AUGAAUGCCAAGUACAGUCUUAGUACCUAUGCUGUUUACAUGCUCCUAGGUGCGAUCAUCCUUCGCCUCCUCACCAACAGAUACAAACGUGUACUUCGAGAUAUACCUGGGCCGGUACUUGCAAGAUACUCUCGUCUUUGGAAACUCUACAGUGUGUGGAAAGGUGAUCAUCACCAUGUUGAGAUUGACCUGCACCGCAAACAUGGAUCACUCGUUCGUAUUGGCCCAAACCACAUCUCCGUCAGCGACCCCAGCGCGAUUCCACUCAUCUACGGGCUCAAUAAAGGUUUUACAAAGACUGCAUUCUUCCCCAUCCAGUCAGUAACAUGGAACAAAAAGCCCCAGAUGAACAUAUUCUCUACAAGAGAUGUUGCCUAUCACCGCGCUCAAAGGCGAAACAUAGCAAAUUCUUAUAGCCUGUCUUCCCUUCUCGAAUCAGAGCCCGCAGUCGACUCCUGCACAGCGCUGUUCACAACCCAGCUCUCAAAAUUCGCAGAUCAAAAGACUCCCGUGGACCUGGGUAGCUGGCUACAAUAUUAUGCUUUCGAUGUCAUUGGCGAAGUGACAUUUUCGAAGAAGUUGGGCUUCUUAGAACAAGGAUGUGAUGUUGACAAUAUGAUGGAAGCCAUCCGCGGUAUAUUGAUCUACUCCAGUCUAUGCGGCCAGGUCCCAGAGCUACACCAUGUGCUACUGGGAAACCCACUGAUUCCAGUCUUGCUGCCGGGCAUGGAAACCUGGAAUCAGGUUUUGCAGUUUACACUCAAAGCAAUCAGCCUGAAAGACCCAUUGAAACAACAUGGUGAUAUUGGCGUGGAUAAUCUGACUGGGAAGGAUAUGAUGUCUCGCUGGAUGGCGAUUCAUCAAGCGGACCCGGAAAGAUUCUCGACCAGAGAUGCAAUUGUUCAUCUCUCUGCAAAUGUUUUUGCGGGCUCUGAUACAACUGCCAUUGCUCUCCGCGUGAUCUUCUAUUUCCUCAUGCGCGAGCCGGCUGAAAUGACGAAGGUCGUGACCGAGAUUGAUACUGCGAUCAGCGAGAAUAAGGUUGGCAACCCCAUCUCAUACCACGAGUCGACGACGUAUCUUCCAUACCUGGGAGCUGUUAUCAAAGAAGCGCUUCGACUGCACCCUUCUGUUGGAUUGAUCCUCGAACGUGAAGUUCCCGAGUCCGGUGCUGAGAUCUGCGGAAAGCACAUCCCCGGCGGAACCACCGUCGGGAUCAAUGCGUGGGUGGUAAACCGGACGGAAGAGAUAUUCCCCAAUCCUGAUGAGUUUCUGCCCAAUCGGUGGCUGGAAAGCUCCCCAGAGAAACUGAGGGCCAUGGAACAGACCACCUUGACUUUCGGAGCUGGGUCUCGAAGCUGCCUUGGGAAGCACAUCUCAUUUAUGGAGAUGUACAAGAUGAUUCCACAGCUUCUGCGCGAGUUUGAGAUUCGCCUGCAUGGCCCUGAAGAUUGGAAAACGCAGAACAUCUGGUUUGUGCAGCAGGAUGGAUUAAUAUGUGAUCUUGUCAAAAGGUAG